CCAGUCUCAAAAGAAACGGUGCAGGUAUAACUUUGUGAAAGGAAUGACAAGUCAUGAAUUUAACUGUAGCGGUUGAACAGCUUCGCAGAAACGCUGUCUCAGUAGCGUAAUUGCUAAAGUAGCACUGAAAAAAACACUGAAACGACAGUAGAGGAGCGGCUGAUACAGUAGAAGUUUUGAGGAAAACACAGAGGAUUAACCGCCUAAUUAGUUGCUUUAAUUCAAGACCACGUCCGUUCCGUGAUUUAAUCAUACAGUCUGGGUUUUCUCCCUUGGUCUUGGCCCCUUCUUCGAAGGAGGCCUCUUCCGUCGCAUCCAUGUUGCCACCUGCAUCUUCUCCCAGGCUGAAGUACCUGUCCCUAGGGGUGCUGGUCUUCCAGACGACUUCCCUGGUCCUGACCAUGCGCUUCUCCCGCAAGCUGCAGGUCGAGGGCCCGCUGUACCUGGCCUCCUCUGCCGUCGUCUCCGCCGAGCUGCUCAAAAUCCUCCUCUGCACCCUGCUUGUUUUCAAGGAACACAGCUUCUGUGUGCGGGCUCUGAAUCGCGUGAUGAAGGAGGAGAUCUUGAACAAGCCCAUGGAGACGUUGAAGCUGGCGAUCCCCUCUGGGAUCUACACGCUCCAGAACAACCUGCUGUACGUCGCCCUUUCCAACCUGGACGCAGCCACCUACCAGGUGACCUACCAGCUGAAGAUCCUGACCACGGCCCUGUUCUCUGUGUCCAUGCUGGGGAAGAAUCUGGGCAUCUACCAGUGGCUGUCCUUGCUCAUCCUCAUGGCUGGAAUCGCUCUCGUACAGUGGCCUACAGAGUCUCUGGGAAGUCCAGAGCAGAAGGUUUUGUCCGCAGGCUCCCAGUUUGUGGGGGUGGUGGCCGUCCUGGUCGCCUGUGUUUCCAGCGGCUUUGCGGGAGUCUACUUUGAAAAGAUCCUCAAGGAGACCAAACAGAGCGUUUGGAUCCGAAACAUCCAACUAGGCGUGUUUGGUUUGGUGUUUGGUCUCUUUGGCGUGUUUGUGUACGAUGGAGAGAGGGUGCAGGAGUCCGGGAUGUUCCAAGGCUACAACAGCCUCACCUGCACAGUUGUGGCCUUACAGGCUCUUGGAGGACUGGUCAUAGCAGCUGUCAUUAAGUAUGCAGACAAUAUCCUGAAAGGGUUUGCCACAUCCCUCUCAAUCAUCCUCUCAACCCUCAUCUCUUACUUCUGGUUGCACGACUUUGACCCCACCAGUGUGUUCUUCCUGGGCGCCAUUCUUGUCAUUGCUGCCACCUUCCUGUAUGGCUAUGAGCCCUCUUCCAAGCCCCUCUGAAUCGGGGAGCGUUGGGAGGGGGAGACCCAGAGCUGACCAACCCAGAGCAAAGGGAGCAUGUGAAGGCAAUAUAGAGAAAGGCAGAAAAAGUUUUCAAAAUUAAGGGAAUU